AUGAUCUUCACUACAACGUAUGUACAUAAUUGCAACACCAAAUCUAACUAUAAUAGCUCCAUACUAACUUCUCUUCUCCAGAAACACCACAAGACAUAUGUCGACAACUUGAACAAGUCAAUUGAAAGUGCUGUUGAAGCCAAGUCCAAGGGUGAAGUUAAAAAACUUGUUGCUUUGCAAAAAGCCAUCAACUUCAAUGGUGGUGGUUACAUCAACCAUUGCUUAUGGUGGAAAAACUUGGCUCCACAAAGUGCCGGUGGUGGACAAGUUCCAAGUGAAGAAUCAGCUUUAGGAAAGCAAAUUGCUCAACAAUUUGGUUCAGUUGACAAAUUGAUUGAAAUCACCAAUGCUAAAUUAGCUGGUAUUCAAGGUUCAGGCUGGGCUUUUAUUGUCAAGAAUAAGGAGAACGGAGGGCAAAUUGAAGUCAUCACAACUGCUAACCAAGAUACUGUUACUGAUCCAAGCUUGAUUCCAUUGGUUGCUAUUGAUGCAUGGGAACAUGCUUAUUACUUACAAUAUAAAAAUGUCAAGGCUGAUUAUUUCAAAGCUUUGUGGAACGUUGUUAACUGGAAAGAAGCUGAAAGAAGAUUUGAAUUUUAA